ACCUGGGUUUCGUGACAGUGACACUGUUCUUCUCAGCUUUACUUUCACACACUUCCACUCUUCCCCUAUCUUCAUCUACUUCAUCAGAAUGCCGAUCAAAAGAGAUCCGUCGAUUCCGCCGCCGACGAUCGGAAAGAUCGGCCCUUACACCGUCUUCAUCACCCCUCCUUCCACUUCUUCUCCCAUUGAACCCCCUGUUUUCCAAUCCGCGGCGCAGCCUUCUCCUCCCACUCCUCCUACCGUCCAACCGCCGCCCCAGCAGUUCGACAAGUCUCUUCUUGCUUCUGAAUCCCAUUCCGAUGGCUCCUAUCUGGGUUUCUUCAAAAACGCUGCAUUUAAACUCCAAAACGCACAUUCAAGCUUGGAUGAUCGUUUAGCUCGCUGGUUUGGUUUAAAUCAAUCUAAGUAUCAAUGGGCAUUAGACGAUUAUUAUGAGAGCAAGGGAUUGAAGGAAGGUGUUAAAGUAAAAGAUAUAUCAAGCAAAAUACAGUGUGUGUAGCAUACUUCUUGUCCUGAACUUGCUCCGAGUGAGGAUGGUUGAUGCAGCGGAAAGACAUCCAGAUUCGUGAAGGGAACUUAGUUGAAUUCUCGGGAUCGGAUCAUUUCUCUUCCUUGUUUU